CGGAUUCAAACUGCUGCCUUUGUGUACAUGGGCUGCAUCGAGGUCCUGCGCUCCAUGCGUUCCCUGGAUUUUAACACUCGGACCCAGGUGACCAGGGAAGCCAUCAACCGCCUGCACGAGGCUGUGCCCGGUGUCCGGGGCUCUUGGAAGAAGAAGGCCCCCAACAAGGCGCUGGCCUCCAUUCUGGGCAAGAGCAACCUGCGCUUCGCCGGCAUGAGCAUCGCUGUCAACAUCUCCAUGGAUGGCCUCAACCUCUCCGUGCCUGCCACGCGCCAGACCAUCGCCAACCACCACAUGCAGUCCAUCUCCUUCGCAUCUGGUGGGGACACGGACAUGACCGACUACGUGGCCUACGUCGCCAAGGACCCCAUCAACCAGAGAGCCUGCCACAUGUUGGAGUGCUGCGGCGGCCUGGCCCAGAGUGUCAUCAGCACCAUGGGCCAGGCCUUUGAGCUGCGCUUCAAACAGUACCUGCACAGCCCCCCCACCGCGGUCGGGCCCUCCGAGAGGCUGACCGGGCAGGAGGACUCAGCCUGGGGGGACGAGGAGGCAGCGGAACACAAUUACUACAACAGCAUCCCUGGGAAGGAGCCGCCCCCCGGGGGGCUGGUGGACUCUCGGCUGGCCCUGUCGCAGCCCUGUGCUCUGGGUACACUUGGCCAGGGGGCAGCUCCUGCGCAAAGGGAUGGCCGUGGCCUGCCGUGGGACCUGGGGCCCCCAGGAACAGCCCGCCCGGGGGAUGGCUACGUGCAGGCGGAUGCCCGAGGCCCCAGAGACUACGAGGACCACCUGUAUGUAAACACACAGGCCCUGGAUGCUCAAGAGCUGGAGGAGGCAGUGCCACCCCAGGCUGAGGACAGCCCCCAGAAGGACCUGUUUGACAUGCGUCCCUUCGAGGAUGCCCUGAAGCUCCACGAGUGCUCGGUAGCGGCCCCACCGCCCUUGGAGGACCAGUGGCCCAGCCCCCCGNCCCGCCGGGCUCCCAUCGCCCCCACGGAGGAGCAGCUGCGGCAGGAGCCCUGGUACCACGGCCGCAUGAGCCGUCGGGCUGCGGAGAAACUGCUGCGCACUGACGGGGACUUCCUGGUUCGAGACAGCGUCACCAACCCCGGGCAGUACGUGCUGACCGGCAUGCACCUCGGGCAGCCCAAGCACCUGCUGCUGGUGGACCCCGAGGGCGUGGUGCGGACCAAGGACGUGCUGUUUGACAGCAUCAGCCACCUGAUCGACUACCACCUGCAGAACGGGCGGCCCAUCGUGGCUGCCGAGAGCGAGCUGCACCUGCGGGGCGUGGUCAAGCGGGAGCCCUGAGCCGGCGGCGUCGCCAGGUCGGGGGUCUCACGGUGCCUGCCCUGUUCCCAGAGCUCCCGUGGCCUUACGAGUGCUCUGCCUCUUGGACCAGGCCGGGCGGGAACCGCUGCGGUCUCUCCCUCUUUCCGCAUGAGCAUCUGGAAUCGCCCACCACGGCUGGCCCUUGGGGACGGGGCGGGGCCAGCUGGCCUCCACCCUUCACCUGAAGGAGGCUGCAUAUACCAAAGACAGAACCUCUUCUCGCCUUUAAGCACCGAUUGAAAGUGGCCCUUGGGUGCCAGAUCCGUCCGAGGCCCCUUGUGGGGCUGGGAUGCCCCGUGUCUCCUUCUCCAGGGAUGCAUUCUAUUUCUUGCCUGAGAAAUUGAGGGGACCCCAUGGCUUCCUCCCUGGCUGCCUCAGUUUCUCCUCCUGACAAAUUGGGUACACAGUUGCUUUGGGGGGUGGGGAGAAUUAAGGUGCUUUGGGGUUCUCAGGCCUGAUACACGCUGAUGUUGCAGCUGGGGCCACCUUGUGGUUCCCCUAGGACAAUGGGGUGGGGUGCACCCUGACUGUUGGUGGGAGCCCACAGUGUGGCCCUGCCAGCUGGACAAGCUAGAAGAGGAUGUGGCUGCCAGCUAGCUUGCCCACCAACUUCUUCAUCCUUCCAGCUGCUGCACCCCCAUGGACAAUUGAAGGCAGGUUGGAAUUAAACCUGGGAUUGACCACAAGGAGCCAAGCUGUCGGGGGCACAUCAGGGGCUCACCCAAAGGGUGGCGGGCGGAGCACCCAGGUGGGAGUUGAGGAGAAAGCUUGAGGAUGAAGCACGGCCCCCACGUCUGGCCUCCUGGGACCCGGAGAAGGUAGAAGAGGGCCGAGUCAGAGGAGAGAGCUGGAUCUGGGGGUGCCCUUGGUGUGGGCGUAGGGGACGGUACGAUGACACAUCUGACAGCCCCUGAUUUUUUACCCCGAUAGAAAGCACAUUCCGACGUCCUUAUCAAAUGUACCCUUCCCUUCUCCUUGAAAGCACCCCGAUCCAUCGCCCAAUGCUCCAGCGCCCUCUUUCACAGGUGCCCUAAAUACCAGCCUCUCCGCACGUCUCCUCUCAACACGACUUGACUUCCUAGUCCUUUGUGCUCUUCAGACGUUGCUAGUCCUCUAGGACCGCCCCCCCACCCCCCCAGCCCCAGCCCUCCUCUUCUGUCUGGUCCCCCGGGCCUGGCUAACUCCUGCCACAGGCAUGGUGGCAUCUCCCUCCAGGAGGGUCCCUGCCGGGCUCACACACAUCUCACAGAGAGGGCAGAGGCUUCUCAGGGUCUGCAUCUCUGGGUAGGGGGAUGCCACCCAUCCAGUUGGCAGGCCCCAUCCUGCAGGUUGGGGUGCCUGUCCUAGGGCUGUGGGAAGUGAGAGCCCCUCUGGUCUGCUCUCAAUGAGGCAGAACUAGGAGGGGAUGCGGGUGUCCUCAAUGUCAGAGACCUGGAGGCUGAGAGCCAUUCAUGCACCAUCCACCCAACAUCCACUCAUCAUUUCACCUACCAAUCCACCCACACCUCCACCCAGUUCACCUGCUUUCUCACCUAUCAAGCCAUCCAUCACCCUAACAAUCCAUCCAGCUAGCAACCCACCUAUCAGUCUAACAACCACCCAUGACUCCCUCAUUGGUCCUUCCCUCCAUUCCUGCACCCACCCACCCAUUCCUCCACGAUUUCAUCCAUCAAUCGGACAAACACAUGCCCUUCUUCCAGCCACCUGUCCACUGACCCACCACCAUUCCAGUGAUCGCUCCAACAACCAUCCACUCACUCACUCAGUGGUCCAGUCACCCAAUUAGCCAUCACUCCACCUGUCAAACAGCCACACCCUCUCCAUCCAGCCUUCAUUAGGUUCAUUCACCCGCCCAUCCGUCCCUCCAUCCCUCUGUUCACCCCGACUUUCUCCAUUCCGUCGUCUCCCAACCUAACAACCCCCCACCCGUCUUUUCUUCUGUGUAUCGACUCGCUCACCUGUCCUCCCUCCAUCUUUCUAUCCAUCCACUCGACCACGCGUCUUAAGCCUGUGGGACCCUCUUGUCUCCAGGGCCUCUUGCAGGAGCCGGGAGGCAACCAAGACCUCCCUGCCCUCCUGCAGUGCGUUGUCCAGAGACACUACUCAGUGGGCCCCACCGUCAGGUGUGGGAAGGGGACCCCUGAUGCUUAGAACGACCAGGAGUCCUGGAGGGCUCCUCUGUAGGGAUGACGGGGGGCUGGGAGUGAGGGUGCAGCCCCAGGGGGAGAGGGCAGCAGCCUGGUACCCCAAGAGGCACAUGCAAAGGCCCCGUCGUGUGUGGAGGGUAGGGUGCUCAGGUGCAGAGAGCGCUGGUGUGGCUCGAUGUGAGGCCGGAGGGUGGGGCGGGGGCAGAGCACACCGCUGGGCCAGGCUCCCCGACAGAGCUGCUGGGGGCUUGAGGAUGGCAUGGAGGGAAGCUCAGAUUCUAGGGAGCCGAGUCUGAACUCCAUUCAUUCAUUCAUUCACCUGCUCACCCAGCAUCCUCUGUCCUCCAGGCCCAGCCACCCCCACUGUGGCGUGGCUGAACUCUGCAGGAAUUUGGGAUCCUCGAUCUCCCCACUCUGCAGACAAGCAUAAGGCGACCCAGUGAGACUGUCCCAGGCCAAGGCCACCCAGAGCCGGAAUUCAAGCCUCAACUUGCUCCGGGCCUCUCCCUGAGUCAGGGGCGACUCUGGUGCCCCCGUAAGAUGUGGGCUGGGAGCUGCAGCCCCAUUCUGCCAGCCAGCCAGGGCCCAACCAUUCCUCCUGGUCUUCAGGGAGGCUGGGGAGGGGGCGGGAGAGACCUGGCUCAGACCUGGAGAAGGCCCCCUGCCCUCUGCAGGUGCAGUGGUGGAGGAGCAGACAAAAGGACAUUCAAGUCCCCACCCUGUGAGUCAGUCGUACAGCUGCGGGAGGGAUCUGGCUCCUCUCUCAUGCCUCCGUUUUCCUGUCUGGAGACAGGGGUGACAGUCUCAUGGGGUUCCCUGGGGUGCACUGGGCCUGGCUUUUCUCCUCACCCCCACCCCGACUGUUUUCCUGUGGGCUGUUUAUUGCUGCUGGGCCUGGGGCUGUGCUCACAGCCUUUGUGGCUUCAGUCCCCCUCCCCAAAUUCUUCCACCGUGUGCCUCCGUUUCCCCUCCUGAUGAGGCUGUCUGCUCCUGUAAAAAAUUACAGCCGCAAAAACCCUGCAUAGGGUGGCCGUGCGUCUGAAUCAGCCCGAGGGCAUGGGGGGCCGGGAGACCCCUCCCUGGGACUGAUUCUUGGCUUGCAUGACUGGGACUGAGGACCAGCAGGCCGGCGGAGUGGCCCGGCCAAGGACUGAGUCAGUCUGUGCUCUGUGCCCGAACUGGUGCCUGCAGCUACAGCCUGGGCGGCAGGCUUGGAGGCAAAGGCUAGGUUACCAGGGGAUGCUCACAGCCUGCCACCCUGUCCCACCUUCCUCUCCCGGCCUCAGUUUCCCCAGGCUCUGGAGUGCCUCCCCGCUCUGAGCCCGUGUCCCUCAGUGAGACAGCGAACCCUGACACCCAAUGCAUUCUCUCGAGCGCACACCGGGGUGCUUUGUAGAUCUUAAUCCUCACCUUGGCCCUGCGAGAGGGGACCCAGACCUAGAGAGGCGCCAACACUGGCCCGAAGCCACACAGCCAGGGUGCGUGGCCCCAAAGGGUCCGCCCGCCAGAUGGAGGUUCUGAAUUGUCUGCCUCCUUCUAACCCACGGAUGGGGGCAGAGCCCCCAUACCCAAGCCUCACCCCUCCCCAGGAGGUGGGGGACUGCCCUCUACCAGCCUCUAGCCCACCCCCCCAGGAAAUGGGGGCAGGCAUCCCACCUUGGCCUGAGCCACGCCUGCUGGGGGCGAGGGCACUGUUCAGGGCGUUCCCUGACCCAUCUGUCCAGCAGGGACUUCUGGAAGGGUCCCUGUGUCAGGCUUGGACUUUGGGGACCUGCAGGGACAAGGUGGUAGUGGUCUUCUCCUGGCCCAGACCUGGUAGAGACAAAGGACAUCAACCAAGUUACUGCACUAGGACUUUUUUUUUUCUUCUUAAUUGUGUUUUGGGUCAAAGUUGAUACCACGGCCACGUUUCCCGGGACAGUGGUGCCUGGGGAUCCGUGUGCUACAUUGUAUCGACAGCCUCCAUCCUUGGUUCUCCUGGUUCCCAUUUCCGGUGGCCCCCUUCCGGAACCCCUCAUCUUCUCCUCUUUGCUUUGGAAUAAAGGUUGACUUUUUUCGACUCAGA